GGUGGAACGAAUAGGGUUGUAACGGAGGGAGUAACGGGGAAGUGCGGUACCGUCUAGUUAGUGGAAAGCAUAUCGGCAGGUAGCGGAAGAAGAGCAAUAGCGAAUGAACGUUGGUGGUACAGUACGAAAGGAGCGGGAGGAGGAGUCCGAUGAGUGGGGGGUCCAUCGUGCAGCAACGAGGCCUCACGGUAUCCCUGUCACAGUGAGGCCCGCCGCAGUGAGGGCUGGUAUGGCAAACAGUUAGUUUCUUCGAUAUUACUUCGGAUAUCGAUUUUACUUGCGGCGAGCUACUUCGAAGCCGAGCUUCGUCGUACCUUCGUGUGAGACACAGCGCGGGAUAUGUCCUGCCUUUUAGCGAAAGGACGCCUGGAAUAAACACCGCGUCGCGCUCGAUCGAUCUGUAUCGAGCGUCGCGAUAUAUCGCCGCGUCCGGCGCGAGGAACACUUCUGCACGACCUUCUUCGGAAUUCACCUGGUGAAUAGUGGGCAUUGCUAUUGCGGGGCGCGCGAUCGAUCGGUCGAUUUUGGGGAGACGGACGGAGUGCAUGUGCUGAGGAGUUCGAUCGGGAUGAUAGAUCGGUAAUUUCAUUGAUGAUUUAACGGCGUGGAGUAUAUCAUCGGAAGUGUUUUGACAGUUUUUUCUGACAGAACGCGGAAGUGCAAGAAAAAAAAAAAGACGACGAAGGUAGAUCAUUUCGGAGCAGAACAUUUCGAGAGGUACUUGCCGAGCUUUCCGAAAGCCUUCGCUUUUCUGGAAAAGUCAAGUAGAAAGAAAGAAACAAGGCAAGAAGAUUACUACAAAAAUAGAAGACAGCAGGAUCAUUCCGAGAGCAAGACGGAGCUUUGCGUAUCGUUGGCUCAUGAAGCCGAUCGGAAUACUGAUGUGCGAAACUCGAGGACACCAGAGGUCGAGGAGAAGAGCUUGGGCUAGAUCAAAGACUUUAUUACGCGGGAAUUCUUUUUCCUGAUCCGCGGCGAUCUCUGCUCCACCUGCCCGCGCACGGAGAGACGGAAAGGCGUGAAAGAAAGGGGACGGAAUCAAAUUAAUCUUCUGUUGUCUUAAUUCGCGCGGAUGGAUUUUGAUGAAAACACGCGAUCGUACAUGUUAUCUGUUUCGCACUCGUACGAUUGUUUCGAUGAACGAUUGUCCUAUCGGUUGAUUUCGCAGUCGGCGCGUCGCUUGCCCGGUACUCGCCGCUGUGAAAAGAUGAAUCACGCGCGUCGGUAAAAAGUGAUAAAAUCUUGAAUUGGUCAUCGGGGGAAGGCGAUCUGUCGAGUGAUACAGUGCAACAUUUCCUGGAUAGAUUUAUACGAGAAGCUCCUGAAGUCGUCAUCGAUACUGCUCUGGAUACAACACUUAUAUAUCGCUAACCUAGCAGAAGCAAAGAACUUAAGAUGGCUAAGACUAAUAAGAAGAAACCAAGAUUUAUUCAUCCAAAAGAGAUCAAGCAGCAAUACAGCAAAGCUCCGGAAAAAACAUAUAAGGAGGAUGAGAAAUCUUUACAGGAUAUAAUGCAGUCUUUAGUUAAACUUUCAAAUGAUACUAGUACGCAGUGCUAUAAGAAUUAUAAAGGAAGUUAUCAAACGAUACCAAACAACAUCAGUUUCGGCAAUCACCACACCGGCAAUUACACCGGCUAUCACCACAGGACCGGCAGUACCGGGAGCUAUUCAUCUGCGUCUUUAACCUCGAGCCCGGAGUGUAGAAACGAACAGGUGUUCGAUAACGUCGGUGGUGGCUUUAUCGACUAUAAUCAAACUUACGAUUUCAAUUGCGAUUAUCGAAACGCGUGCGGACGACCAACGAAUCAGUCCGGCCUGUACUAUCCAGUUUCUCCCCGACAAUCUGAUGACAACGUCAAUCGCAACUUCGGUAGAACUAUUCAACAAUACGACUAUUCCUCAUCGAUCUCGCCGCGCUCGUACAACGUCCCGCAGCAUAUUCCGUUCACCAAUCCGCCUUGCACCCUGAAUUCGUCCUUUCCUCCUCCGUACACCGCCGUAUAUCCGCCCAUCUCGUCGAAUUAUUCGGCUGACCGAAUACCGAUUUACUCGUCGCCGACGUCCACGGCGAUCGUCAACGACGGCGCGUACGCGAGACCGAACAACGUGCACUUCUUCCCGCCGUCCAUCACGUCAUUCAAGACGUCACCCACGUCGACAAACACACGUAGCAUCGCCGCUGGCAACGCGGCGUCGGGCGCCGCUGACUCGCUGGACGGCGGUGCGCGAUCGUCCCUGAACAUCGGCAUCAAAACGGACACGAAGAUCCACUGCGUGCGCCCGGAGGAACGCCAGGAGUCGCUGCCGCCGUCCCGACUACCGACAUCCAACGCGCCCCUGCUCAACUCACUGCUGCUCGGCUAUCGUCCGAACAAUUUGAAACGGCAGGAGCAAAGUAAGCAGCUGCAGCAGCAACAGCAACAACAGCCACGGUUGGCUUCGCCCGUGGUACGCGGCCUGAAACUCGAUAACACGGGUUUCGUCUUGGACACCGGUCCAGCAUUGCCGGACGAGUACCUGCCCCCGGCAUUGCACGACGAAGUAGACGCCAUCAUUGCCCAGAAUCCCGGCGGGGAUCUGCCGAAGCAACCGCCCGUCUGCGUCGGAGGUAACGCCGGCGGCGCGUCGCUGGUGAAGGACGUGGCCGCGCCACACUGCUCCAACGCCAUUUCGCCAACAUUGGACAUCCUGACGGAGAUGAAAUACGAGACACAGACAGGCCCGCCGACGGCACCACCGCACUUAACCUCCUCCGGCAUCGAGCCGCCGCACAGCAGUCAGGGUUCCGGUCUCAUGGUGGGCGGCUCGCCGGACGUGGAGAACCUGCUGCUGUCGUCCUGGAGUGCCAAUGGACAGGAGUUCCUCGAGGGGGGAGUGCCGGACGCGAAACAGGCGAUCGGACUGCAAGAGACCUGGGACACGAUCUUCGGACAGGUCAGCGUCGCCUCCACGCAAUCGCUGGCGGAACUCAAGCCGCUCCCGCCUUUCACCAAUUACACGGCGAAUCUCAGUAUCAACGGCAUAUCCGGCCACCAUUAUCACACGAUAGCCUCGUCCGCUCAGAGAUCAUCGAUACCGUCCGCGUCGCCUACACCUUCCUCCAAUCAAGAAUACUACGAAUCGCCCAUAGUGUCCUCGAGCACGCCAUGUCCCGGAAAUCAGAAGCAGCAACAGCAGCAGAAUCAUCAGCCGCAGCAGCAGCAGCAGCAGCAGCAGCAGCAGCAGCAGCAGCAUCACCAUCACCCGCAGCAGCCGCAACAGCAGCAACAGCUGCCGCAAUCGACGCAUAAUAUGAAUUACGACCACUUGAUGGACGAGGACAUAGCAGAGAUCAUCAGCUCCGCGAUAACAGCGGACACAACGGUGACGAACAGUGGAAACGGCCCCGGCUCGGAGCAGGAUUCCAAGGAGGACUGGAUAGACUUCGAACGUCUGCUCGAGACGGACUAUUCGACCAAGGGCCAGGACACCUCGACGAUAAACUCGUAUUCGCAGAUCUACGUCACCACGACGCCGUCCACGCAGGCCCAGCAACAGCACGGUUCAGCGCUGCAAACUUUACUCACGCAGGGUGCUUACGCGCCCCUGCUGCAGGCGAGAUUGCAGACUGGCAACGCCGCCGGCCUUCAGAACGCGUCCUGCGGCGAAACCCCGUCAUCCACGAGUCCCUAUUCGCCGCUCAGUCCGCCUAAUCGAGUCUCCACGUCGUGCAGUCCCGACGGCAUUCUGCACUCAUCCUUCGCCGCGCCCUCGAAUGCGAGAAAAAGGUCACGGUCGGCCGCCGGGUUACAGGGACAGACUUCGAAUGCCAAAAAGAGCAUGGGCGGCGGCACGAACCUGCCGUACGGGCCGGAAUCCGGCCUGAUUGGAAAAGAGAAACCCAUACACAAAUGUCACAUUUGCCAGCGGGGAUUCUUGAACAAAAGUAACAUUAAGGUUCAUUUACGAACGCACACGGGCGAGAAGCCCUUCCGAUGCGAUUGUUGUGGUAAGGCUUUUAGACAGAAAGCGCAUUUAAUUAAACACCAACAAAUCCACAAAAGAGGAGGGAGCAAGGAUUAGGCGUGUCACCGCUCGUCACAAUUUAUAACAAUGUCGAUUAUAAUUGUUUUAUCUAAUUUACCGUUGGCUAAAACAUUGUUUGCAAUUCAUCAAAUUAAGAACAAUGAGUGCAAUGCUACCAUUGGUUUCUUCGGAUAUGCAAUCCGAAAUACGGAAAACAUAUAAGAUCGAUGCGUUAUUUUUAAUCGAGAUAAUAAUUUAAUGAUAAAUUAUUACUUGCUUUAUUGAACGGUUUGUCGCACACAUCAUUUCUGCAAAGAAGCAUAGGGACGUAUCAUUAAACUGAGCUUUUGAAUUUUGUUUUAUUCUUCGUAUUGUUGAAUGGAUUGUACAACUGUACUUAUUAUUUUUAUAAAAUAAUAUAUAUUAAUUUUUGUAAUACGAUAUUAAUUUUUAUAAAAUGUAUCAUUGCUUUUAAUGUAAUGAAUUGUAAACAAUGUUUCAC